AUGAUCAUCGCGGAGGCUGCGCCGCGUGCGGGAGGCUGUCUGUACACCCGAAAGUCUCCGUGUGGGCAUUUCCUGUAUGACGUCGGCGCAAACAGUUUUCGACUUACGCGUGGAACGUUGAAGCUUGUGCAAGACUUGGGGCUUCUCUCUCAGCUUCAAAGAGUGGACCCGAGGCUCGAGCGUUUCAUCGGCUUCCGUGGCGGCCUUCGUCCGCUCCCGUUUUCGUCCUUGCCGGCCCUCUUCACCUCAGACCUGCUCUCGCGCUCCGGCAAACUCCGUCUCCUCGCGGGUCUGUGUGGGAUCUUCCCGCCGAGGUUCCUCUGGAAUCUCAUGCAUCCUUCAUCUUCGCCUUCGGCGCCUAUGUCCUGUGCGUCCCCCUCCUCCCAUCCAUUUGUGUCUCCAGCCGCCGCGCCCUUCUCUCCUCCGUCCCCCUCGUCAGGCUUCGGCGACGAGGAAGGGCGACGGUCUCUUUCCAGCGUCGUCUCUCGCUUGUCCUGGGGACAACCCCGCGACGAGACCGUCGAGGAGUUCAUUUCUCGGCGCCUCGGCCCGGAGAUGCACUCGCGGAUUCUCGAUGCACUGGUCACUGGCAUCUGUGCAGGCGACGCUUCUCAGUUGUCGAUGAAGGCAACCCUUCCUGCCGCGCACCGCGCCCUCGAUCGCGGGGUGAUCGUCUACGCGCUCCAGUCUCUCGCCGCAAAGAUCGCGUCUGUGUGGAGCCCGAAAAGCGCGGAAAUGCACGCGAGCGGCGAAGGAGCCGCGCGAGCAACAAUGCUCCCCAGCCGAGACCCAGAGGGACGCAACGAGCACGGCCAGGCCGAACAGCCAGGCCGGACGCCAAGCGCUGAGGAGGGCGGAAAACACGCCCACAGCAUGAGAGUCGAUCCACACGUGGCGACGCGUGACAUGCAAGGAAUCGUCAACUUUGACGACGGAAUGGAAACGCUGACUAACGCACUCGUUGCGAAUCUCCCUGUCGCCGCGCCUCAGGAUCCCCUCCCGGCGUGCAGGCUGCGGCUCCAGUGGAAGUUGAAAGCGUUGCGUUGCUUCCCUGCUGACACCCCGGAGGCGUCGUUCACUUCGGGCGCUUCUCGCGCGUCUGGAGCGUCAGCAAACAAUGCGACUUCUUCGGCUUCGGGGUCCGCAGCCGGGGCGUCGCUCGCGCCGUCUUCCCCGCCUUGGUUCGAGGCUCUCUUUGAGACUCCAGAGGGUCUGAGACGCGUUCAUGCCCGCCAAGUGCUUUUGACGAUUCCGGCGGAAGCCGUGGCGAGCGCCAUGCGUUCCUCGCUGUCGCCGUCGCUUCUCGGCCGGCUGGCCGCUCUGCCGCAGGCCUCGAUGGCGCUUGUCACCCUCGCGUACUCAAAACCGCGCCUCCAGCACAUCGUCCGUGAAGACGGGAGUCUGGGGAUCCUGAAAGCAAACGCGCGUCAUCCAGGCGAAGAGCAGUACGUGUUUGAGGAUGACGAGCUACCGAGAAAGAAGGCCCGCUGCGACACUCCGUCGCCGUCCUCUGUUUCUUCCUCGGCCUCGGGUGGGGACGCGGAGGACACCGCGGAGGCGUCGAACGAGCGGACCAGGCGACAGGAAGACGUCGCGCGGUCCCGCCUGUCUCUCGGUUCCUUCCUACGCGAGCGCGAGAAGCCAAGCAGUCUCGGAUUCGGGUUUCUCCUCCCCGGAGAGGAGCGGAUUCGCCACCAGUGGAAAACGCUGGGAGGAAUCUUCGUCUCGGACGUCUUCCACGGGAGAGUCCCCGCGUCGAGCGAUUCCCUCUUUGAAGGCGCGAAAGACGGCCCCAACUCAGACGUGGUUCAGGAAGAAGUAAGUUUGGUGACGAUGUUUGUGGGGGGUAUUCGCGAUGGAGAUGUGGUUUUGACAGCGAGCGACGUGGAGCUGGGUGAAGCGGCGCGCGACGACUUCCUGCGGGCGUUUGCGAGCCUGUCUGCUGCUGGGGAUGCCGCGCGCAGUCUCUCGCCAGACGCGAAGGAGAAAAUGAAGCUGUGGGUUUCGGUGCUCAAUGUGCAGCGAUGGGCUUCCACGAUUCCCCAAUAUGUGACCGGGCACGACCGACUGAAGGGCGACCUACAGGCAGAAAUUGCUGACCGUUUCCAAGUUCGCGAAGGCGAGCGACACGAGGAGAGACUAAUUGUGGAAGGAAACUGGCUGUCGGGUGCGGCUGUCGGGGACCGAAUCGAUGCUGGCGAGAGGGCGGGCCAGGGCCUGCUCAGCAACGCGAUGAUCCGAGGGGGGUCGGACGGGUGA